AUGGCUCACCAGCGCGCCUCGGCUCCCCUGGCGGAGCGCAUGUUGCACACCGUUGAUUUAACUCCUUCCGGCCGGCCCGUGCUGUUCCCCGGCGAGGUAGAGAGCCUCUUAAUCGACGACGCGGGGAUUGAGUUCGAGGAGGUAAGCUCCGGCACUUCCGCCGCACAUCCCGCCGCAAAUUCCGGCGCGGUUCUCGAAGCGGAGUCGCUUCGUGAUGGCGUCGCGUCGCUCACCACGCACCGGUUGAUCUGGAUCGACGAACGGCCGGCGACAGGUGGUAACCGGAAACGAGCUUUCGCGGUACCCCUCGUCGCCGUUGCGAAUGCUUCCACUGCAGGGUGGCGACUCACCUCAGUUUUCGCCUCCCCUCGUGUUCGCAUGUACGUCUUACUAGACCCGCAGGGGCGGGCUUUCAGCACAGCAAUGGCGGGGGUGGGGGGCAUUCUGAGGCGUGAGGCGGAGCAGAAGCAGGCCACUGAUCGCAGCCUGCAGGAAGCAUUCUCCGACCUGAAUGCGCUGAUGGCCAAGGCGAGCGAGAUGGUGAAACUGGCAGAGAGAAUGCGACAGAAGCUACAGCAGCAGCAGGGGGCGGCGAGUGGGGAAAUCGCCCCUUCCCUCUCUUCCUCCUCCUCCUCCUCCUCGUCAUCAGCAGCAGCAGCAUCGGAGGAGCUUCAGGACCUGCUGCUGAAGAUGGGCAUUGAGUCGCCCGUCACACGAGAGACAGCAGGGGCAUUGUAUCACAGGCAGCUAUCCCGAGAGCUUGCAGAUUUCAUAGGUCCAGUGCUGGAGAAGACAGGUGGCACGAUGCUAUUGGUCGACGUAUACUGCAUAUUCAACCGAGCCAGAGGCACAGAGCUCAUAUCGCCAGACGAUCUUCUCAAGGCCUGUUCACUCUGGUCCUCCUUCAACUCGUGA